AUGACCUAUAAUUUAAAAUGGGUUGAGAUCCAUAAUUUUAGUAGGACCUAUAUUCAUUUGAAAAUUUUGACCAUCUUAAUUUUGACCAAUCAAGAAAAUUUAUUUACCUUGAUUAAUCAGACGGUGACCAAGACACAUGAAAAUUUAAGUGUCUACACUACUAUUGAAGGUCGCGAUGUGUUGGCAGUGAGGAGCUCUCAUGAGUUUGAACCUGAAUGGUUAAAACUUCUUCAAGAGAUUCAGCAAAAAGCAAUUAUACUUGUUGGACAACUUCCUCCGAUGCUGAAUUCUGGGGACGACGAUGACAACGAGGAAUGGAAAGCCAUGAAAGAGUGGCUUGACAAGCAAUCUAAAGGGUCAAUGGUCUAUGUUGCAUUCGAGAGUGAAGCAAAACUGAGUCAAGCCGAAGUCACUGAGAUAGCUCUAGGGUUAGAGCUAUCCAAGUUACCAUUUUUUUGGGCUCUGAGGAUGCGAUGUUGUUUGGCUGAUACUGAUGUUGUUGUGUUGCCAGAUGGGUUUGAGGACAAAAUGAAGGGACGCGGAGUGGUGUGGAUGAGUUGGGCCCCUCAACUCAAGAUACUGAGUCAUGACUCAGUGGGUGGGUUCUUGAGUCACUCUGGGUGGAGUUUGAUGGUUGAGGCAAUGCAAUUCGAGAAGGCUCUUAUUUUGUUGAUUUUCUUGGCAGAGCAAGGAUUGAUUUCUGGGCUUAUUGAGGAUAAGAAGAUGUCAUACUCAGUGCCUAGAGACAAGUGA